UCUGUGCCUGGUUAAUAUUCCUCGCUUCCUGUUUUCUCUUUUCCAGCCUUUUCCAUCUGCGCAUAAGACUGACGAUUCUGUGGUGCCAAAGAACUAAUAUAUUUACGCCUUAUCUAACUUAUCUGACAUCGUAAUGUCUUAAGAAAGUCUAUAUUUGACUUUGAAUGUGCGUGUUUUGUCAGACAGCAGUCAGUGAGGAGGAGGAGGAGGGUCUGAGUGCACGAUGUGUUGUGUAGGAGUGGAGAGUGGAGCGCGCGUUACCAAUGGCGAUCUAAACCAUGCGUCAAAGUUUAACCCAAACUAACCGAGGAUGAAGUCUGCAGAGCUAAGCGGAAAACAACACGACUGAACAGCGUUUCUGAUGAUUAUGUACUGGUCAUCGAAUACAGAAGUAAUAUCCUUGGGUUUCUUAAAGAUAUCUGAGAAUGGACAGCAGCAGUGGAGGGGAGGAGCUGAGUGGAAGUCCCCCUCUUCCCCAAACCUCCAAGACACACGCCCUCAUGUCUCCAGAGGAAAAACUGCAGCACUAUGACAUAUCAGCUCAGGCACAUGAAGACAGCAAGCAGUAUGACGCUUGCAUACAGGACCUGGUGCGGUGCCUGGCUCUUGUAAAGCUGGUCUAUGGAAAGAACCAUUUAAAACUGGCCCAAGCUCACAGCCGCCUGGCCAAAGCCUACCUCCAGUUUAAAGAUUGGGGUGUCCAGGCUUUGGAGCACGUCUCUUCAGCUCGUCAGGUCCUCCUCCUCUGCUCCGGGGACAGACACGAGCUCAGACUGUGCCUCCUGAACCUCUGCCUCAUUCAGGGACAAGCUGCUCUGCUCACUGACAAUGUGUGUGAGGCAGAGAGUGCAUUUCUCCAGGCAGAGCAACAGCUGGGGCCCCUGUGUGAGAGCAGGGCCCUUCUCCAGGAGCAAAGCACCCAGACUGAGCUGGAGGUCUGCACCGGCCUCUUCAGGGUGUACAGGAGACAGGGUAAACCCAAAGAGGCUCUGUCCCAGUGUGAGCGCUCUCUGCAGCUUCUGAGGGACAUGAACCAGGAGGACAUGACCUGGUCUGUGUACAGAGACAUGUCCCAUAUCCAAGAGGACCAGGGGAAUGUGGACACAGCCAUAGACCUAAUGUCCAAGGCCCAUUCCAUAGCUCUGACCCGGACCCCCCCAAGGCAGAGGGAGGGAGCUGGCCUGUCCCACAGACUGGCCCUGCUCAUGUCCACUUCAGCUAACAGCCAGCACAAUGAGAGUGCUGGGGAUUACUUUGAGCAGAGCCUGUCCUUGUACCGAAGCAGUGCGGGAGAGAGGGACCUGUCUUACCUCUCUGCUCAGGACGACUACUGCCGCUAUCUGCUCCUGAGAGGCCAACAUGAGAAAUGUGUGGAGCUCCAGAGGGCCUCUCUCUCCUCUAAGCGUGCCCAGUUCGGUGAGCUGAGUGCUGGGGUGGCUGACACGCUCCAGCUCAUCGCGAGUGUGGAGAUGAGCAAAGGAGAGCUCAGCCAGGCCUACAGGAGCAUGAGCCAGUGCUUGGAGAUCCAGAGUGUCCUGUUCGGUCCACAGCACAAGAAAACGAGAGCCACUCAGAAGGCAGUGGACAUGUUGGCUCGAACUCCAGAGGUGUCUGAGAGACUGCGGAGACGAGGCCAAACCAAAGUCCACCUAAACUCCUCUGCUCUGUCCCCUGACGAUAUCUGAGGACAUAUGAAGGACACUUUAGUAUACUCAAGGACACCUGGGAACACUUGAGGAUCAGGACAUCUAAGGACACCUCAGGGACACCUGGGAACACUAGAAGACAUCUGAGGACACCUGAGGACAUGUGGCUGGAGCUCGGUUUCAUAUUUUUCACCUUACCAUGAAUGUAGAUGUAACAUAUACAUUUCAAAUGUAGAUGUAACAUAUUAUCUUGUUUUCGGUGUAAAUGUCCCCACUGCACAGACAUCCUCAUUUUUAAUGUUCAACUCAAAAAGAUCCACCACCAGAUGUUCUUUUCAUGUCUCUUUAAUAUGUGUGUGCCAAGUCUAUGAUAUGAAAACAUCAAACUCAAUCAAAUAUUGAUUUUACUGAUAACAUUUCUAAUGCUGCUUUGUUCUGUGUUACAAAAACGCUGCACGUGAUGGACACACUGUUUUAUGUUAUAAAUUGGUAUUUAGGUUCUAAAGCCGAAUGAGCCUGAUUUUUACUGCCAGAUCUUACAACUAAAACCAUUUGGCUCUCACUAAACCCCAACACCUGCAGCUAAUCUGAGCUUUCACAUGAGGCAUGGCCUAUCCAUAAACUGAGAAUGAGAAAAACUUGUAUUUGUCCUCUGCAGGUUAAGAUACCAGCAGCCCAGACUCAAUUUUUAAAAC